AAACCAUAUUUAUAAUAAUCAUCUAUAUUUUUCAAAAUUUUCUUAUCAUUAAAUUAAACCUAUGGGUUCGAUAAGAAAUUAUGUAGUUUUACUUUGCCUUUUAAGUUUUGCAUUCUUUCUCUCAGUUUCAGGGCGACCGGCUACGUUUCUCGAAGACUUUAGAGUCACAUGGGCUGAAUCCCAUAUCAGGCAAAUUGAUGCCGGGAGGGCCAUUCAAUUGGUUCUUGACCAAAAUUCAGGAUGUGGGUUUACUUCCAAAAGGCAGUAUUUGUUUGGGCGUGUAAGCAUGAAGCUCAAGCUUAUUACUGGAGACUCUGCAGGAACUGUCACUGCAUUUUACAUGAAUUCUGACACCGACACUAUAAGAGACGAGCUGGAUUUUGAGUUCUUGGGGAAUCGAAGUGGUCAGCCUUACACAGUGCAAACCAAUGUCUACGCUCAUGGGAAAGGCGACAGGGAACAAAGAGUCAACCUCUGGUUUGAUCCAGCAGCUGAUUUCCACACUUACUCCAUUUUCUGGAACCAUCACCAUGUUGUAUUUUAUGUGGAUGAUGUGCCAAUUAGGGUUUACAAGAACAGCGGCAAGGCCCCAUUUCCAACGAACCAACCGAUGGGAGUUUACUCAACACUGUGGGAAGCCGACGAUUGGGCAACAAGAGGCGGCCUGGAGAAAAUUGAUUGGAGCAGAGCGCCUUUUUAUGCAUACUACAAAGACUUUGACAUUGAAGGAUGCCCAGUUCCAGGGCCAACAACUUGUGCCUCUAACGCAGGAAACUGGUGGGAGGCAAGCAAUUAUCAGGCCCUCAACCCUAUCGAAGCAAGAAAAUACCGGUGGGUUCGUAUAAACCACAUGAUUUAUGAUUACUGCACUGAUAAAUCAAGAUACCCAGUUACCCCACCAGAAUGCUUGGCCGGCAUAUAAUUGAAUUCAAACCAAUUAACAAUUUCAAUAUACACAUUCAUAUAUAUAUAUAUAUCGUCACACUGUCCUUGAAAACUAUUUCGUGCUAUGAUAGCUAUGCAAAGUAUGGUUGAAAAGGAGAAUAAAGUAAAAGCCUUAGGCAUUUAGUGUAAGUCUGGCCUACUUUGUACAAUGUACAUGUCUAUAUCUAAUGCACAGAAAUCUGUGCCAAUAAAAGCAUAUGUGUGUAGUUGUGAAA